CAAGAAUUUAUGUUUUAAUUAUCAACGAUUGGUAUAUAAACCAUAAAAAAAAUCUCAAACUAAAUAAACUGAAAAAUGGCGCUAAUUGUCCACCCAUCAUCAUCUUCUCCAUCUCUCACCACCGUUAAACGCUACCUCCGUCCCCACCGGAAGAUCCCCAAAUUUCUCAUCAGGGCACAGAAUGAUCUUUCCACAGAAGAACCCAAGUCGGGCGCGGGCCCUUCUGCCAAGAAGCCCGGGAAUUCAUCACGAGGCCUGGGGUUCGGUUCACCAGCUGCAGCUUCGUCUCCAGCUCCAGCCAAGACGAAACAGUCCAAGGGAAAAAGAGAGCGAGCCUCCAUUACUCGCCGUCAGCCAGUCGAGAAACCCAAUUUCGCCACGCCUCAGCCAGCGGCUCAAGCCGAGGAGCUGAGGAAGAAUGAGAGUUCUUUUCUUCUUGCUUGGUUGGGACUCGGCGCUGUUAUUCUCCUCGAGGGCAUCGCUUUAGCUGCUUCAGGUUUUCUUCCAGAAGCAUGGGAUAACUUCUUUGUCAAGUAUCUAUACCCAGCUUUCACCCCAACUGUCUUCUUGUUUGUUGCUGGCACAGUUGCCUAUGGAGUCUUAAAGUACUUGCAGAAUGAAAAUUCUAAAAACGAAAACUAAACCUGCCAUGCAACAUUGAACCAAUUUUAUAUCUGUUCAAAAAGAGGUGGAUAUAGGUUUGCUUACAUUAUAACUUGUCUCUGAAUUGGCUGUGUCUUGUAUUGUCUUCUUUAGUCGGAAUGAAAAUUCAUUUGUGCCGAGUUUUUUUUAUCAUAUUUCACCCUGAAAGAAAGAACUUUAAAAGAUAUAUCUCAAUAAUAGUGUUAAAUUUAAGGCAAAC